AUGGCUAACAUAAUCGAAUGUCAAAAAAUUCAACAAUUACUUGAUUGGUAUGAGGUUGCUUCUGGCCAAUUGGUGAACAAGACUAAAACUACUCUCUUCUUUAGCCGUAACACACCAAAGGAGGUCCAACGAGACAUUCAGGUCUUGCUAGGGGUGCCGGCUAUUAAACAUUAUGAAAAAUAUCUUGGUUUGCCAUCUUUUGUGGGGAGACAGAAAAAAGCAUGUUUCAAUCAGAUUAAAGAGCGGAUUUGGGAUAAAAUGCAAGGAUGGAAGGAGAAGCUACUUUCUCAAACUGGGAAGGAAGUCAUGAUCAAGGCGGUGAUCCAAUCUAUUCCCACAUACUCAAUGAGUGUGUUUCGACUACCCUUGGGUUUAAUUAAAGAUAUAGAGGCGAUGAUCAGUAAGUUUUGGUGGGGCAACCAAGAUAAUAAAAGGAGAAUGCAGUGGGUGAAGUGGGGUACUUUUUGUUCUCCUAAGUCUUUAGGAGGUAUGGGGUUUCGGGAUCUCAGACAGUUUAAUGAUGCACUCCUUGGUAAACAAGUAUGGAGACUCUUUCAUGAGAAAGUGAAGAAUCUAUUCAUCCCUGGAACUAAAGUUUGGAACAAGGAGCUUAUUGAGCAGACUUUCUUACCAUGGGAAGCUGAGAGUAUUCAAAGCAUUCCGGUUAGUCAUUUUCCAAUGGAGGAUUUGCUUAUUUGGCUACUCACCAAUGAUGGGAACUACUCGGUUAAGAGCGCUUACCAGCUGUUAUCCUCAGAAAUCAGAUCUGCUCUGCCUAGCUCAUCUGAAACAGAGAUUUGUAAGCACUUUUGGAAUGGAAUAUGGAAGUUACAGGACAGCCCAUCUCGGACCUCCAUUCAGCGCUUGAGGCCAAACUGGUCGCCGCCGGACUUAGGAGUUUAUAAGCUUAAUUUCGACGGCGCCAUCUUUGAAGGUUCAGCGAGAGCGGGGUUGGGGGUGGUAGUGAGGGAUGCUGAAGGUAUGAUCAUAGCUGCAAUGUGCCAGAACAUCCAACUUCCUAGCUCAGUAGACUUGGUCAAAGCCUUAGCCACUCGGAGAGCUAUCCUAUUUGCCCAGGAGCUUUGUCUUGCUCACGUGAUGGUGGAGGGUGAUUCACUGAAGGUCAUUACAGCUAUUAAUAACCCACAAAAUAAUAGGACACAGUGGGGUCAUGUUGUUGAAGAUAUUAAAAAAGCCAGCUCUUGGUUCCAAACUUGUAGCUUCGAUCAUGUCUACAGGGAAGGCAAUAGUUGA